GUUAAAAAAUAUAUAUUAAAAAAUCUGGGAGGGAAAGCUGUUUAAAGAAAUGCUCUUUGGGCUAAAGAGCCACAAGUAGAGGGGAGGGGAAACAACUCCCUUUCAGCUUUCCUAGUCGACGGCGCGGUCGACUCUCCUAGGCAAGCCCUUCUGCUUUCCGCUCCUCGAAGCGCACCGCCCUCGCUCGGCUGCGGAGAUCCACCGCCUGCGAGGAAGAAGGGCCUCCGCCUGCGUCACGAUGCUCCCCCGUCGGAUUCACGUCCAGGCUGGGCUGCUGCUUCAGCUCGUCGCGGCUGCCUUGGUAGCCGUCGGGCAGGAAGAGGCGGCGGAAGGAGUCUCCUUCGGAGACAGGUGCCAGGCCCAUUUCACGGCCGGCUUGCCCGAGUUCGUCCUGGACACGGACGCCUCGGUGGAGAACGGAGCCACUUUCCUGUCCUCGCCGUCGGUGGAGCGGGGCCGCGACUGCGUGCGGGCCUGCUGCAAGCACCCGCAGUGCAACCUGGCCCUGGUGGAGAAGAUCCCCGGAGGGGACGAGGAAGACGGCAUCCACAGCUGCUUCCUCCUCGACUGCCUCUACGAGCAGGCCUUCGUCUGCAAGUUUGCCCGGAAGGAUGGCUUCCUCAACUAUGUCAAGAAGGAGGUGUACGAGGCCUAUGUGGCCAUGCGGGAAAAAGGCCAUCGAGAUGAUCGUCCGCCUGUGGCCCGUGCAUGGAUGGAGAUGAAAGUGCAGCCUAACGAGCCGGUGACGCUGAGGGGUUCAGAAAGUUUUGAUGACCAUGGUAUUGUGAAUUAUGAAUGGACACUUCUCUCUGGUGAUGACUCUCUGGUGAUGGAGAAAGAGACAGAUCAUGUGGUGCUCACCAACCUGCAAGAAGGGACUUACAUCUUCCAGCUGACUGUGACGGAUACAUCUGGACAGAAGGGCUCUACUAACAUCACCGUCACUGUGCUGAAUGCUGAGCAGACUGUAGAGCACUGCUUGGCUCCUUAUAAGGUGGGUCGUUGCCGGGCUAGCUUUCCUCGCUGGUACUACAAUCCAGAAACUCAGCAGUGUCAGGAAUUCACCUUUGGGGGUUGCAAACCCAACAAGAACAAUUACAUCCGAGAAGAAGAAUGUAAACUUGCCUGCAAGAAUGUCCAAGGUGCUGUUGAAAAGCGAAAUGAGCCAGUGUGCAAUGAAAACUGCCUGCCCUACUCUUUCAAAUGUGACGAUGGCUGCUGUAUUGACAGCUUCCUGGAAUGUGAUGAAACUGCAGAUUGUUCAGAUGGGUCAGACGAGAAGUUAUGUGAUUCGUAUGUGCAAGGGUUCAAUAGAUUACGUAAUAUCAAUGUUACCACCAGCCAAAGUCACUGUGUGGAUAUGCCAGAUACUGGGAGAUGUGACGAUAGCAUACCUCGCUGGUAUUACAACCCGUUUGCUCAGAAAUGCCAUCGCUUCACCUACGGAGGCUGUGAAGGCAACAAGAAUAAUUUUGAGAAGGAGGAAGUGUGUAUGAAAUCAUGUGAAGGUGUCACAAAGGAAGAUCUGAUUGGCCAGAGAUGGAGCGUCUAUGAGGCCCGGCAGGCAGGUUUAAGUUCUUUCGAAGCGGCCAUCGCAGUACUCCUGGGUGUAUGCAUAAUGAUAGUGUUGGCAAUCCUUGGCUACUUUUUCCUGAAGAACAGAAAGACUUACCGACGGCGGCGCCAGCCAGCUACUGCCGCCAACUCCACUCUCUCCUCUGUGCUCUCCACCACCGAGGACACCGAGCACCUCGUCUACAACAGUACUACGAAGCCCAUCUGAUCUGGAAGAGCUGCCCUCCACUUCUGGGAGUGGGACAGUUGCAUUGACUGAUGAUACUUCUGAAACAAAAGCCUGUGGCUGAAGGAUGUCCCUCUUCCUCCAUGCUUCCUUCCUUAGACUGUCAAAUUCCAGCCAUCUUACUGCCCCUAGCGAUUGUUCUGAAUAUGUGACAGCUUCUGAGGAAGAGGAAGGACAGCAUCCCACCCCCUGUUUGUAAUGACAACAGUGGCUCACUGUUGCUGUCAGAGGAAGCUGUCACUGAGGGCUUACUGUACCUAUUGAAGGAGUCGUGGUUUGA